AUGAAGGGAUUGAUUUUAGUCGGAGGAUACGGUACCAGAUUGAGACCAUUGACCUUGACCUUGCCUAAACCAUUGGUUGAGUUUGGUAACAGACCAAUGAUUUUGCACCAGAUUGAAGCUUUGGCCAAUGCUGGUGUUACCGAUAUCGUAUUGGCUGUCAAUUACAGACCAGAGGUUAUGGUUUCAACAUUGCAAAAGUAUGAAGAAGAAUACGGCGUUAGCAUCACAUUUAGCGUUGAAGAAGAACCAUUGGGCACAGCUGGCCCCUUGAAAUUGGCUGAGAAGAUUUUGAAAAAAGACGACUCUCCCUUUUUCGUCCUCAAUAGUGAUGUCAUUUGCGAAUACCCAUUUAAGGAAUUGGCUGACUUUCACAAGGCCCACGGCGGUGCAGGUACCAUUGUCGCUACCAAAGUAGAUGAACCAAGCAAAUAUGGUGUUAUUGUCCACGACAGAGACACUCCAAACUUGAUUGACAGAUUUGUUGAAAAACCAGUUGAAUUUGUUGGUAACAGAAUUAAUGCCGGUUUGUACAUUCUUAACCCAUCGGUUAUCGACUUGAUUGAAGCCAAACCAACCUCUAUUGAAAAGGAAACAUUCCCUAUCUUGGUUGACCAAAAACAAUUGUACUCGUUUGACUUGGAAGGAUACUGGAUGGAUGUCGGUCAACCAAAGGACUUUCUCAGCGGAACCGUUUUGUACUUGACCGCCUUGGCCAAAAAAUCACCAGAAAAAUUGUGCCACGAAAAAUACGUACACCCACAAGGUAACGUUUUGAUUGACCCAACCGCUAAGAUUCACCCAUCAGCAUUGAUUGGUCCAAAUGUCACCAUUGGUCCAAACGUUAAGGUUGGCGAAGGUGCCAGAAUCCAAAGAUCAGUAUUGUUGGCCAACUCUGAAGUUAAAGACCACGCUUGGGUCAAAUCCACCAUUGUAGGAUGGAACUCAAGAAUUGGUAAAUGGGCAAGAACCGAAGGAUGCACCGUGUUGGGAGACGAUGUCGAGAUCAAGAAUGAAAUCUAUGUCAAUGGCGCCAAGGUUUUGCCACACAAGUCCAUUGCCGCCAAUGUCGAAACCCCAUCCAUUAUCAUGUAA